AUGGCAAAAGAUGUGUCACAGGAGCACCUCAUACAGCUGGUGCAUGAUCGGCCUGCAUUGUGGGACAAAAGAUGUGCUGAGUAUAGUGACAAACACAUCAGCAGUCUAAAAUGGGAAGAAAUAUAUGAGACGGUGACACCAGAAUGGCUGACACUCAGCACCAAGAGGCGCAGGAUACGUGGAGAGCAAAUCACCACAAGAUGGCGGUCUCUUCGCGACCGUUUCAGGCGGGACCUGAAAGAGGACCUUGAAUGCCGAAGCGGAGCUGGAGCAUCCAAGAAGAAGCAUGGCCCUUUCUACGAGAUGCUUGAUUUCCUGAGGAAUGUCAUGGACGUAAGAAGUACUGCUAGUAACAUCUCAGUUAGUGAAGAAGAGGAUGUCUCGGAUGCAGAGGAUGAAAAUCAGGAGGCUGCGGGGGAUAUGCCAGUAGCAGAGACCCAGGCAAGCCCUGAUGCUAACAGUGCUACAGCCACCCAAAACACACCACGUGUGCCCAUACGUUCUGUGCCUGCAUCCAGAGGAAAACGGCACACAAAGAAAAAACAAGACAUGGAUGCAGCCAUGAUUGCCUUCAUGGAGGACAUGAGGGGAAUCCGUAGGGCUGACAGUGACAGGAAGGAUCCUUUCUUAGAUCCUACGAACGAGGAUGCCAAUUUUCUACGAAGCAACCUUUACUACCUCCAAAAGAUACCAGAUGCACGAAAAAUGGAGGUGCAUCUGGCAAUUGGGAGCUUUACAGGGGUGUGUGUUCGAGCUGCUCUGGCUGGUGAACCCAUGCCCGUAUUUACUAGCCCUCUCCAACGGCAAUACCAACCGGAGCAAGCUCCCCAAGCACCACAUUUUCAACCACACUACCACCAAGCCUUUAUCCCACAACACCACCGUGCCCCAGCCACCACUGCCCAAAAUGUAUUACCCCCACCGCAAGAACCCACCCAUGACUCCUCCACUUCCCAGGCCACUUCAUCCCAAUCGUAUAAUCCCUAUCCCUAUUCCACUUCCCCCAGACCUUUUUACCAGCAACUCCAGUAAUUAAUGACACUUUUAAUUUGUCCCUUUUGAAUCCCCAUUUCCAGUUGCCCCGUUUUCACAAUUUCUAAAAUUCCCAUUUCUCCUCUGUUUUUUUUAUGUUUAUCCUCCAUUUUGUGUUUUAUUUUGUAUUCUGUAUGUUGCGGUCACCUUAAUGACAUCCAAAUAAAGGAUAUUGACUGCCUGAAAAA